UUCUUCUUCUUCCUCUUCUUUUGCCCUUUUCUUUUCUUCUAACUCCGUCCGAGCCUCAAACCAAAACAAAGAAGAAGAAAGGUACCCAAUUUUCUUUUGUCUGAAUCACAUCCCCCACACCAUUUACGUCCACUUCCACUUGUACCUCUUCUUACUGCUCCUCCACGCUUCGUUUUCACCAUUUUCUCCCUCUUCUUCUGGGUCCCAUUUCCCUCUCUUUUUUUCCCCUUUCUCUCUCAAAGUUUCUCACUUCCUUCUCUUCCCUUUUCUCUGAAAACCGAAACCACUCCAUUCUUCAAUGACUUCUUUCUAAACCCAUUUCCCCCAAUUCUUCUGUCCUUCCAAUGGCUGCUUCUGGGGGUACUAGUUAUAGAAAUGGUGCCACUUCUAGAAACUCCCUUAAGCUCGAUAAGCCCUUUUCUGCUAAUUCCUCCAACUCCAAGUCUUCUCUUAAGUCAAAGUCUCUUCCCAAUUCUGCUCUUCGCCGCAGCAGCCCUGCUGCUCUUGGAGUUGCCAAGGAUGAUGGUGGAGUUCCUGGAAGAGUUCGAGUGGCUGUUAGAUUGCGACCGCGCAAUACAGAAGAAUCAAUAGCCGAUGCUGAUUUUGCUGAUUGUGUAGAAUUGCAGCCAGAGCUUAAAAGGUUGAAACUUCGGAAGAACAACUGGGAUUCAGAUACUUAUGAGUUUGAUGAAGUGCUAACUGAAUUUGCAUCUCAAAAACGUGUUUAUGAAGUCGUGGCGAAACCUGUUGUGGAGAGUGUAUUGGAUGGGUACAACGGAACAAUUAUGGCAUAUGGUCAGACUGGUACUGGUAAAACAUAUACUCUUGGAAGACUAGGAGAGGAAGACACUGCUGAUCGUGGAAUCAUGGUGCGUGCUAUGGAGGACAUCUUGGCUGAAGUUUCUUUGGAGACUGAUUCCGUCUCAGUGUCCUACCUGCAGCUUUAUAUGGAGAGCAUACAGGACCUUCUUGACCCUGCAAAUGAUAACAUUUCCAUUGUUGAAGAUCCUAAAACUGGAGAUGUUUCAGUACCUGGGGCUACCCUCGUAGAAAUUAGACACCAGGAGAGCUUUUUGGAACUACUAAGAUUGGGGGAAGCUCAUCGGUUUGCUGCGAAUACAAAACUGAACACUGAAUCUUCCCGCAGUCAUGCAAUUCUGAUGGUACACGUAAAACGGUCUCUAAAAGGAAGGGAUUCAACUCUGUCAAGUGAUAGUUCUCAUUUAGUUAAGACCCUGAAACCUCCAAUUGUUCGGAAGGGAAAAUUAGUGGUGGUAGAUCUUGCUGGUUCAGAGCGUAUUGACAAGUCAGGAAGUGAAGGACAUACACUUGAAGAAGCCAAAUCCAUCAAUCUCUCCCUGAGUGCCUUAGGGAAGUGCAUAAAUGCACUUGCGGAGAAUAGUGCACACGUUCCAGUUAGGGAUUCAAAGCUGACAAGAUUACUAAGGGAUUCAUUUGGGGGAACAGCAAGAACUUCAUUGGUUAUUACUAUUGGUCCUUCACCUCGGCAUCGUGGAGAGACCACGAGUACAAUAAUGUUUGGCCAACGGGCUAUGAAGGUGGAAAAUAUGCUGAAGAUAAAAGAAGAAUUUGAUUAUAAAAGUUUGUCAAGAAGGUUAGACAUUCAAUUAGACAAACUGAUUGCAGAACAUGAAAGGCAGCAAAAGGCAUUUGAGUUUGAAAUUGAGAGAAUUACCAAAGAAGCACAGGAUCGCAUAUCUGAGGCUGAAAGAAGUCAUUCAAAUGCCCUAGAGAAGGAAAGGCUGAAAUAUCAGAAGGAUUACAUGGAAUCAAUCAAGAAGCUUGAAGAUCAAUUGAUGGUGAAGCAGAGGAAGCUUGGUGGGGAGAAAGUAAUUAAUGAAGAAGUUGUUGCAUCUGCUUCUAGUGUAAUUGCUAAUGGGGAGGGUUUGGCAGUGUCUGCUGACAAGGAAGUGGCAGAGCUAAAGAAGCUGGUUAAAAAGGAAAUAGUUUUGAGGAAAGCAGCAGAAGAGGAAGUUAACAAUCUUAGAAAUCAAGUAGCCCAACUGAAGAGAUCAGAGAUCUCAUGCAAUUCAGAGAUCUCAAAGCUCCGCAAAACUCUGGAAGAUGAGCAACAUCAGAAAAAAAAACUAGAAGGAGAUAUAGCUAUGCUACAGAGCCAGUUGUUGCAAUUGAGCUUUGAAGCAGAUGAGACCAGUAGACGACUAGACAGAGGUGAGCCUGGUAAAGUCCUCGGUUCUCUCGAUUCUCUCGUGCAACAAGUUAAGCACUCACAGGCACAGGAUGCUGGAAACGGGGAGAAGGCUUCAGUGGCCAAACUAUUUGAGCAAGUGGGACUGCAAAAGAUCUUGUCGUUGCUGGAAGCUGAAGAUUAUGACGUCAGAAUUCAUGCUGUGAAAGUGGUUGCAAAUCUAGCAGCUGAAGAAACAAAUCAGCAAAAGAUUGUUGAGGCUGGAGGCCUUACAUCUUUGCUGAUGCUACUCAGAAGCACUGAGGAUGAGACAAUUCACAGAGUUGCUGCAGGGGCGAUUGCAAAUCUAGCAAUGAAUGAGACCAACCAAGAGCUCAUUAUGUCCCAAGGAGGCAUUAGCUUACUGUCCAUGACCGCUGCCAACGCUGAUGAUCCCCAAACGCUUCGUAUGGUUGCUGGAGCAAUCGCCAAUUUAUGUGGCAAUGAUAAGUUGCAGAUGAAGCUAAGGGGCGAAGGCGGUAUUAGGGCAUUGCUGGGUAUGGUAAGAUGCAGACAUCCUGAUGUUCUUGCACAAGUUGCUAGAGGAAUUGCAAAUUUCGCAAAGUGCGAGUCGAGGGCCUCUACACAAGGAACAGGGACCAAGGCUGGAAAGUCUUUCUUAAUUGAAGAUGGAGCACUCCCAUGGAUUGUACAGAAUGCCAACAAUGAAGCAUCAACUAUCAAACGACAUAUUGAACUUGCACUCUGUCAUUUAGCACAGCAUGAAGUGAACGCAAAAGACAUGAUCAUUGGAGGUGCCCUAUGGGAACUGGUUCGAAUAUCUCAAGACUGUUCACGGGAAGACAUAAGAACUCUUGCACAUCGAACAUUAAUAUCAAGUCCAACAUUUCAAGCUGAAAUGAGACGAUUACGGAUAGAUUAUUGAUUGAUCCCAAGUUGGUAGAUUUAACAGAAACAUUUUAUAUUUAUUAGCGCAAUCAUUUCUGAAAUGGCACCAAAGUCAGCCUUGCAUCCCUGCAUUGUUUCCCAUCAAAGCAAAAAAAAAAAAAAAAAAAAAAAAAAAAAAACAUAGAAGUCUGCUGAAUUUUUGUUAUGAAAAGUAGUGUGAGAUUUGGGUUGUAAUAGUUUAUCAAAUCGUAUUAAUUUCUUAGAGGCAGACUGAGGAGCUGGCCCGAUCUGUAAUUUCAAACUUAGUGUGUAAAUUGAUUUGUAUAUUAAGUAAAUAAAAGUAGCUUAUAGAAAAGUUAUGUGUUUACCAUGUAA